UAAUACCUAAAUAUAAUCAUAUUUUAAUUGUAGAACACAUAUUUAUUCAUUAAUGCUAAAAAAACAUGUAUGAUGAUAUUUCGGCCGUCUACGCUAGCCAAUAAAUAUGUCUGCCUUCUCGUUAUAUUAAUCUAAUAAGUAGAGUACCCUAAUUUGCACCUAUAUUUUCGACCUCAUAUUUCAAGUUGGUGAAGAACAAGCUACUUUUGAUACCUAUUACCUAAUUGGUGUACAAUAUUACCAAUUUUUAUACACCUAAUUGUAACAAAUUCAUGUAAAUACCGCUUAAGUACACCUAAUACCUACGUGUAAUCGCAACUAAGUAUGUUGGGAAUUCGACCUAACUAACUAAACCAACCUAUUAAGUGUAAGUCCAACACCAAACUCCACCUACGUUCACUAAAUCGACACCUAUUAGGAGCGCAUGUAACUUCUUUUGGUAGAUUAAUACACCUGUUAGCAACACAACUUAUGAUUGUUACCUACUACCAGGGAUUCACAACCUAUUACCUAUUGUUUAGGUUGACAUUGAUACCUACUAUUAUCUGUUCACCCACCAGAUGCAGUAAAGCUCCCCCCAAAAAAUUCCCGGCAAAUUUAAAUGAACAUUUUUAAUUGGCCGAAUUUUCAAAACCUGUAACACACGCAACGAUUUGCUUCCAAUUAUAAUUGCCGUAUCUGAAUUGACAUCCUUAACGUCAAACCUGUCAUUUCGUUUUGUAUUUGCCUCAAUUUGCGGUUAAUUUCAUUUAUAAGAACAAAAUAAUCUUUCUGAACUUAAUAAACAAUUUGAAACUAUGUACUGCUGUGUGUUGAAAGGUCAAUAUUCAAAACAUAACACUUUAUAACUUCGUCGUACAAUGUGAUAUGCGAUUUUAAAUUUCCCGGUUUUUAUAAUUUUGUGACUGUGAAACGGGUCUGUUAUUACAUUGGUCAAAAUUUAUUGGGAGUGGCUUAACUGCAUCUGUUGGGUGAACAGAUUAUAGGUGAAACAGACCAGCACUUUCGCGCCAUUAUUACACUCGAGUGAAAUAUAUUUAUUUUGGUGAAAUGGUACUAAAUAGGUGAUCUUAAUGGUGAUAUAUUCAAGUCAUUUCAACCUAUUGGUCGAAAUGUAAGUAACUGUAUCCGCUUAUUAGGUGUCUAUGAAAUUUUCAUCUAUUCCUAUUUAGUCAUUUUGUCAACUUUGGCCUAUAUCUCCUAUUAGUUUAUAUUUAUGACGUGAACAAAGUUACCUAAUAAGUCAUGCAACGAAUCUAUUACCAAUUACGUAACAACCCUUUAGUUAGGUUACAAAUUGGCACAAAUAAGGUCCUUCUACCUACUGCUCCUAUUAGGUGAUACAAGUUAGGUAUAUGCCACUCCUUAAUUGGUAUUUUUUACGUACCUCACCUAUUAGAUGACCAUUUACCACUACCAUACUUUGUUGGAUCCUAAUAAGAAUUUAUUUCACCAAUUUGUCACCAGUGCUUAAUAGGUAACAUAUUUACUUUCACCUAUUCAACAUAAACAUUACAUAAUUUCCACCUACUUUGGUCGAAUUUCUUUUGCCUCAGGUUGCCGACACCUAAAUUGCUAGCUGGGUAGGAUUCCGGAUUACGAUAGGAGGGUGAACAGGGUCCACAAAUUCGGGCCCUUUGUACUACCUCCCUGACUAGGGUCGCCCGACCCCUUAACGUCACUCAAACCAUCCCACACGUGAGAUGAACCUUUCCUGAUUGAGAUUACAAUGUUUCAGUACAAGUAUUCAGAAUCUUUAUUCGGUAGUUGCCAGUGUUCGGUCAGUAGCUUUUCUGAAUUAAAAGUGUUACUUUAAUGUGAGCCGCUCUGUGUUUAGGUAUAGGUAGUUACAAUUCAAUUUUAGCAAAUGAUGUACUUUUAUCGCACAUGAUUACAUUUUUGAAUGACAAGGAAGACAAGGAGCUGCGAGGAUCUUUUUUUGACUGCAUUGUUGGCGUAUCCGCGUAUAUCGGAUGGCAUUGUUCGGUUAUUCUUACACCACUAUUGCUGCAGGGUUUGACAGACUGUUCGGAAUUUGUUACUACGAAAAGCAUUCACGCAAUGUCUGCUUUAACCGAAUUGGGUUUAAUAACGAAACCCGGUUUAUGUGAACUAGUAUCUGAAUGUUCCUGUUUUCUAGUUCAUCCUAGUUUGUGGGUACGUCAGGCCGUUGCCGGUUUUGCGGCAACUGCUGCGAAAACCUUGUCUGUGUUGGACGUCCAAUGUAAAAUAAUGCCGCUUUUACAACCUUACAUGAGAUAUCCACUAAUCCAAAUAGAUCGACCUGAACUUCUAUUGGAAUCACUUGUUAGUCCCAUUCACAGAAAUGUCUACGAUAAUGUGAUUAAAUAUUCCGACAUUGAGCUGUUAUUAGACACUUUAAGAGAACGGCAGAAUGCUAGAUUAAUUGCCAGCUCUGGAAGAAUUCCGAGUUACACUGAAAUGAGGCAGUCGUUAAAAACUGUAUGUUUAUUUAGGCGCUUGGAAGCAGAUGGUAUGUGCCCAUCAGUCGAAGACUAUUUACUUACAAUGAGCAAUCAUUUAAAAAAAAUUCACAAACACAAAACAAGCGCAGACGCUAAGCACAAUAAACAAAGUGAAGGAAAAAUUGAGAUCACCACCCCCAUACGUACUCACGUUUAUCAUUUAAGUGACGCGAGGAAUAAGGCCGACUUGUUGCAAAACCGUAGAGCUCGUCGUCUUCCAUCCACGUCUCCCAUUGAAGCGAACCCCAAUUUAGAGUGGAAUGUGGUCGGAGCCGAAAUACUGCCACGCGCUGCUGAAUCUUCAGGCAGUCAGCCGUCCACGCCGCCUCCCGAAAGCCAAAGCGCAUUCAUCGGGGUGGAGCAUGGUGUGAACAUGAGUGUACACGAGAGAUCUUACAUACAAUAUAGGACAGCUAACUGUAGCGUUGAUCUUGGAAAGUUACUGCAUAGGCAACAGGAUCAUUAUUUGGAGGCUUUACGGAGUAAGGAGUGGGCGGAACAAGCGGCAUGGCGACCUCAACUGCCGCCGCCAGGUUGGCGAUUGCGUGGAUCUUUGGUCGCCCAUCUACACGAGCAUCGAGGUCCAAUAACGAAAUUGGCGCCCCUGCCCGAAACCCCGUUUUUCGCCAGUUCCUCUAAGGACGGAUUCAUUCGAAUAUGGGACUGUUCGAAAAUGGAAGGGAAAAAUAUCGCAAAUAGAUCUAAACAAAGUUACAGGGUGCCUGGCGGUGUGAGCAUUUCGGGGAUGGCGGUGUGCGAAAACGGGCAGUCUCUGGCGGCAGCUGCCGAUGAUGGUUCAAUUUUAGUUUUAAGGGUCGAACCGACCAGUAGCAGGAUGACACUUGUCCAAGCGAGACAGCUGAAUGCAGACGAAGAUGGGUGUGCCGUAGACGUGCAAUAUUUAGAUGCGGGUCCCCAGAGUGUUUUGGUUUAUGCCACUUUGUAUGGCUCGUUAGUAGGCUGGGAUUUGCGCGCGUCAGGAACAUCCUGGAGAUUAGAAAAUGGUCUCAAGCAAGGCGUCAUAACAUCAUUUUGUUUAGACUCUCAUCAGAAUUGGAUUACAAUCGGAACGAGCAGUGGUUAUCACAUAGCUUGGGAUUUACGAUUUCAACUGCCAAUAGCAACAGUGGAACAUCCUUCAGCUGCACGAAUCCGAAAGGUGAUCAGUCAUCCAACCGAACAAUCGUGGAUAAUUUCAAGUGUUCAGGGAAAUAAUGAGAUAUCAAUGUGGAAUUUGGAAACGGGAUUUAGACAGAUUACUUUGUGGGGCAGCAACUCUCCGCCUUUCUCCAAGGCACAUGGAAAUAACCAAAGUGUUUGCGCAAUGCAGGCAGGUUGCAUUGACCGCGCCGGCUUUCUUCUGGCAGGUGGUACCGAUCAACGAAUCCGGUUUUGGGACUUGGAAAGUCCCACCGAAUCCUAUUUGGCUAUUCCCGCUCCUAACGAUCCGCUAAUUGGUAACGCCCUGACCUAUGAUAGGCGACUGAUUGACGGUACGAGCGUAAUAUACGCAGUCGCGCAACCGAGUCAAAUAAAGGCAGGGAAAGGUGACGAGAUACCUCGAGGCGGACCGGAACCUCCUCCUCCCGGACAUCGUGAUUGUAUAAGUGAUAUUUCUCUUUGCAAGGCAUCGCAAUGCUUUUUGCUUAGUGCUUCUCGAGAUGGAGUAAUCAAAGUUUGGAAGUAGAUUUUAUUUCAAAUGUCAGAAGAUUCGAUCUUUAAUUUAUUCAAAGUCGUAUGUUAGUAGGCAAUUUUUGUACAUUUAGUUUUGUACUGCAACCUGUACUGUGAUUUUAAUGAAUAAUAAGUUUAAACAAA